AUGUCCGCCUCAGGCAUCGCGGCCUUGAACUUGUCGCAAGUGCCGGUCGUACAUGUACCAAACGGACGUCCGGCUCUCAAGCCCGACCUAGGCCCCGACGGGCUCCCUCCUCUACCGGAGGUCAAGUCGGAGCAGAUACGCCUCCAGGUAUACACCCAUCGUAGUUACUAUGCAAGGCCAACACAUUUAUUCGAGGAUCUGCCGGACGACCCUAGUCCCGACAAUGAGAUGCUUGAACAUCUCGGCGACGCCGUCCUGAGCCUGGUCGUGACCGGGCUCAUCAGAGAAAUUUACCCAUACCUGCGAGUCGGAUCGUCGACGAAAAUACGCGCCCUCGUCGUGGGCAACCCCACUCUCGCCUCAAUUUCUGUUAUGUACCGGCUGCCCGACAAUCUGAGGAUGCACCCCGCCCAGGCUAUCACCUUGCGUGCUUCCACCAACAUCCAAGCGGAUCUGUUCGAGGCCUUCGUCGGCGGGCUGUACCUCGACCGCGGCCUGGACGUCAUCAAGUCGUGGCUCUGCCCGCUCUUUCGCCCAUACCUCGUCGAGGCGUACCGCCACGUCCGCAUGCAGUACGGUCUCUCGCCGGAUCCUGACCCAGCACCUCCUCCUAUUACAAUUGGAUCGUCUCUCUCCUCCAGCUCCGCUCUGCGCCCCCCGCCAUCGCAUAUGCCCGCGAGUAUCGGGCACCUCUCGCUCUUCAAUCAGCACUUGCAGCAGCAGAACAUGUGCAUCGAAUGGGUCUGGGCCGGCAGCGAAGGCCAGGGCUCGCGCACGACACCGAUCUGGGUCGUCCAGGCGAUGGUCGGAGAUGAAUGCUUCGGGCAGGGGCGCGGAAGCACCAAGAAGGCUGCGAAGAACGAGGCCGCGAAGGAAGGCUUGCAAAAGAUGGGCAUCUAUGUCUCGCCUCCCGAUAUCCAGAAUCUGGCUCCAGCAUCUUCUCUCUAG